AUUGGCUGGUCCGAUGGUAGGAGGCGGGGCUGAAGUGGCGGGAAUAUUCAGUUAGGCGGUGGCUUUGAAUAGUUUUAUCAACAGCGAGUCCCUGUGCUUUGUGGCUGCAAAGUGACAUGCGGGGACCUCUAUGUCAGCUCUGGGUAUAAUUGGAUACGUGCGCCCCUCCCUUUGGACUAAUCCGCUUCUCUCUCCUAUAAUCCGCUGUCAAUUCUGAUUGGCAGUGUCCGCAGCGCAUAUCCAUUGCGGGUAUCACUUCCUUCCGUCGGGAAGAUGAAUCGCAAGUACAGAGGGGGGGUUCCCGGGACGGUACCUGUCCAUUCCGAUCAUUCAGGCCAUGGUGGAGAUGAUGGGGAACGGAAGAUUUCCAAAUUCCAAAUAAACAAAUUAAGAAACUUGACUGAUGAUGUGUUGGAUAGAUUUGCCAGCAUUAGAAUUCCUGGGAGCAAAAAGGAAAGGCCUUAUUUAAACAAUAUUAAGAGCUCCAGUACCAGCAGUGAAUGGGGAGUGCCUUCAGAAUACGAUGACUAUCCUUCAAAACAGCUAUCGGAUAAAGAGGUUCUUCCUCUGUUUGAAAAAAUGAUGGAAGACAUGAAUUUAAAUGAAGAGAAGAAAGCACCAUUGCGAGAAAAAGACUUUGCCACAAAAAAGGAGAUGGUCCUGCAGUAUAUAAGCACUGCUUCAAAAGCUGGGAGUCUCAAGAGCAGCAGACAGAUCUCACCACAGGAAUUCAUUCAUGAACUGAAAUCAGGGGCAUCCGAUGAAAGACUUGUCUCCUACUUAGACUCCCUUCGUGUUUCUUUGACCAGCAAUCCUGUCAGCUGGGUUGAAAGCUUCGGACAUGAUGGAUUAGGAUUGUUACUUGAUAUUUUGGAAAGGAUGGUGAAUGGAAAAAGAACUGAAAAAAUAGAAAAAAGGAUUCAACACAAAGCCAUUCAGUGCAUUAAGGCAUUCAUGAACAAUAAGUAUGGAUUGGAAAGAAUCCUGGGAGAAGAAAGAAGUCUAUCCUUAUUGGCUAAAGCCAUGGACCCUAAGCAGGCUAACAUGAUGACUGAUGUUGUGAAAUUAUUAUCUGCCAUAUGCAUUGUCGGGGAGGAAAAUACUCUUGAAAAAGUUUUGGAAGCCAUAACUGCUGCUGCAGAAGAAAGGGGAAUUAUCAGAUUUAGCCCAAUCGUUGGAGGUCUGCAUCAUAAUUUGAUCCAGCUACAGGUCGCUUGUAUGCAGCUUAUCAAUGCUCUUGUAACUUCUCCUGAUGAUUUGGACUUCAGGCUUCAUAUCAGAAAUGAAUUCAUGCGCAGUGGAUUGAAAGAGAUAUUGCCACAACUGAGGCAUGUAAAGAAUGACGCCUUGGAUAUACAGCUGAGGGUGUUUGAGGAACACAAAGAAGAAGAUAUGAUCGAAUUUUCUCACCGGCUUGAUGACAUACGAUCUGAAAUGGAUGAUGUUAGUGAUGUCUUCAAUAUCGUUUGGAAUUCUGUAAAAGACACAAAUGCAGAAGUAUAUUUCCUUUCCAUUCUUCAGCAUCUCCUUCUAAUUCGCAAUGAUUAUUUUGCAAAACCACAAUAUUUUAAAAUAAUUGAAGAGUCCAUAUCCCAGAUCGUUCUGCAUCGAAGUGGCAUCGACCCUGAUUUUACCUACAGGAAAAGAUUAGAUGUAGAUUUUAGCUACCUUCUUGAUGUAUGUAUUGACAAAGCAAAAACUGAGGAAUUUGAAGAAAGAUUUUUUGAAAUGAACAAGAAAUAUGAAGAAGAAUUUACAAUUCGUCAAGAGGCCCAGUCCCAACUGCAGAAAAAUGAAGAAAAAAUCAAUGAACUUCAAACAGAAUUACAGGCUUUUAAAUCUCAGUAUGGUGUAACGCCAGGGACUAUGCCAGGAAAUGCUGCAAGCAAUAUCACAUCUUCCAGUGUUCCUAAACCUCCUCCAGCUCCACCAUGUGGACUUGCCCCACCGCCGCCACCUCCACCGCCUCCACCUCCACCGCCUCCAUUGUUUGGAAGUGCACCACCUGCACCCCCUCCACCUGGGUUUCUUAAUGGGAAGCUUCCUCCUCCAAUGCUAAUUCUUCCAUUUGGCUUGAAACCUAAAAAAGAAUUCAAACCAGAAGUUGUGAUGAAAAGACUUAAUUGGCAAAAGAUAACACCUAAUGACAUGACUGAAAGCUGUUUUUGGCUAAAUGCAAAAGAAGAGGGCUAUGAAGAUAGAGAUUUGUUUUUCCAACUCGAAAAUACAUUUUCUUGUCAGAGAAAAGCUGUAGAAGUUGUGAAAGAUGAAGAUGUUGAAGAAAAGAUGGCUAUAAAAAAAAGAAUCAAAGAGCUGAAAGUAUUAGAACCGAAAAUUGCACAGAACCUCUCUAUCUUCUUAGGAUCAUAUCGAUUACCUUAUGAAGAAAUAAAGAAAAUUAUUCUGGAAAUGGAUGAAACACAGUUGUCAGAAUCUAUGGUUCAGAAUCUAAUAAAACAUAUGCCUGCCCAAACUCAACUUGAUUCAUUGGCCAAACUAAAAGGUGAAUACCUCAAUUUAUCUGAACCAGAACAGUUUGGUGUUGUGAUGAGCAGUGUGAAGAAGCUCAUUCCACGUCUCAACGCUAUUCUAUUUCACCUUCAAUUUGAGGAGCAAGUAAACAACAUCAAACCAGAUAUUAUGGCUGUCAGUGAAGCAUGUGAGGAGAUAAAGAAAAGCAAAAGCUUUGGAAAACUACUGGAGAUAGUGCUUCUUAUAGGAAACUACAUGAAUGCUGGAUCUCGGAAUGCACAAACCUUUGGAUUUUGCCUCAGUUCUCUCUGCAAACUUAAAGAUACCAAAUCUACAGAUCAAAAUACAACACUACUUCAUUUCUUAGCUGAAAUAUGUGACAAAAAGUUUCCUGAUGUCAAGAUGUUUGUCGAAGAUGUGCAGACUGUUGAUAAAGCCAGUAAAGUCUCUGCAGAGAACCUGGAAAAGACAAUGAAGCAAAUGGAGCGCCAGCUUCAGCAGCUUGAAAAGGAUUUGGAGACCUUUCCCCUUUCUGAUGAUGCACAUGACAAGUUUGUGACAAAGAUGUCCAGUUUUGCAGUGUAUGCAAGAGAGCAAUUUAAGAAGCUAUCACGAAUGUACGAAAACAUGGAUAAACUCUACCAAGGACUUAUGGAGUACUAUGUCCUUGAUGCUAAGAAAGUUUCGGUGGAAGAGUUCUUCACAGAUCUGUAUAACUUCAGGACAAUGUUUAUACAAGCUACCAAAGAAAAUAUUAGACGAAAAGAGGCAGAGGAAAAACAGAAGCGUGUCAAACAAGCAAAAGAAAUGGCAGAAAAAGAGAAAGUAGAAAGGCAGCUAAAGAAAAAACGCCUCUUAGAAAAGAAACAUGAGGGAGAAGAGACUGGAGUGAUGGAUAGCCUGCUAGAGGCCCUGCAAUCCGGUGCUGCUUUCAGAGACAGAAGAAAACGGACGCCAAGGCCUAAAGACUGGCACGAAAAUCUUAGUCCAUCUUCAGAGAGGCCUGUACUAAAGGCUCGUAACUAUGAAAACCAAAAACCUCAAUUUGAGAGGUCACGUUCACGACCAAAUAUCCAUUCUAACGCAACAAGGGCUCCAGUUGCUAAGGAACUCAAUUAUGAAAUGGAAACGCAUUCUUCUUCCAAAGGAAGCAAGGUUAUUAGUAGAAAAGAGGCUUGUAACUUAACAGAAAUCAGCAGAGAGAAAGCACCAGGUCAUGGCUCCGCGACCAAAGCCGAGUCUAUUCCUGAGGUUGAAGCUCUCCUGGCACGACUGCGCGCGCUUUAAAAAAAGAAAACAUCACAAAUAUAAAAAUUGCCACCAGCAUUUGAUGACAAUCCCAACCACAUUUUGUCUUAUAUGCAAAUAUUGCAUUGCACAGUUCUUAGGGUUCUCUUAGAUUUAGAGGAAAUGUUGUGUUGUCCUACCUAUAGUUAGGCUACGGAUGAAAUGCAGGUGAUAAAAAUGAAGCUCUGUUCUAAAGAGAAUUUCUUCAGCCUUUGUUUGAAUGUGUAAUGUAUUUGUAUGUUCUUGCUGUGUUUGGGCAUAACAGAUUCAUCAUGAGGCAUCAGCCUACAGUUCCAAUACACUCCAAGAACUGAACACGUAACAAAAAAUAGGAAUGUAAGAAUAUUUAAUCUGCACUUUGAUUCCUUUCAUUUCCUUGCCAAAAUAACCAUACAUAUCCGCAUAUCUCUUUUCCAGUGCAGUUAUAUGGGAUUCUGAGCUGCAAAUAGUAGUCUCUGUGUGCGUUCAGCGGUAUCUAGCACUUGCCACUAAGAGAGGUUAGUCUCAUGAGCAAAUUAUUGUUCUUCCACCCAUAAUUUAUCAAUCACUCCAUAAUCAAUGACGUAUGUCUAUGGCGUGGGCACGCAGUAAUACAAGUAUGGGUUCUUUUUCAUUGACCACAAUUGGAAGCAUCUAGUAGACGACGAUCAAUGAUUAUCACAAAGAAAUGUGAUCAACUGUAUUGUCUGGCCAUACUCAUGAAGACUAAGCCGUGGUACUUCUGCUUGUAGUUAUUAGGAACCAUCCCAAGGCUUUUUAGCAAAAGGAGCAUUUAAGCAAUACUUGUGCCGUACGCUUUGGGUGAGAACCAAAACAACAGAAAUCUGAAUGUUGAAAAUGUUCCACUUGAAAAGCUCUGAGAACUGUGGAACUAAAUCUUUAUGAUAGGAAUAUAUAUAUAUAUAUAUAUAUAUAUAUAUAUAUAUAUAUAUAUAUAUAUAUAUAUAAAUCCCUGGGGCCCCACAUUAUAAAUGUUCAUACAUUGAUGUGGUGUAGCCACUCAUGAGACUUGCACUCAAACAUAUUCUUCAUGUGGUUUAAAGCCCUUACGCAUUUUACCUUCCCAUUUUUAGGCGGAGAAAUGUGUUUCCACACUGAUCUUAAAUAUAUAUGUAUGUGAGUAGUAAAGGUCUCUAAAUUGAAGUAACACUAUUCUAAAGAUCAUUUCUGAAAUGCCUCUCAUUUGGGACAUGUGUAACAUCAUUGCCUGGAUAAACAGUCUCCUCGCUUCAUUCUUAAGCACUUGUUCCGUGGUUAUUCAUGUCUCUGGCCUUUGUUAACGUACACAGCUGAAAGUAUUCUAUAUAUAAUAAAAUAUUUAUGUAUGAUAUGCACUGGAAAUGUUUAUCUCAUUGCAUGUGAGGCCUUCUGAUUAGCUAUGCAAAGUUAAUAAAUCUUAUUUAGAAUGUU